AUGAAUGCUGUAAUGAUGCUGCUGAAGAUCAGUCUGAGAAAUAGUGUGGCCAUGAGGAGAAGUUUGGAUGAUGUGAUGAUGAAAAUGUGGAGCCCCAUAUCAGUCCCUCCUCUGUUUUUCUCUUUCUUAGUUCCCCCAAGCCUGACAGUCCCUCGGGGCAAGUCCCCCCUGGUGGCCCGAGAGGGUGACACAGUGGAGCUGGAGUGCCUUGUUUCAGGAAAACCCAAGCCCAUCAUCCUGUGGUCACGGGCCGAUAAGGAGGCGCCUAUGCCGGAUGGCAGCAUGCAGAUGGAGAGCUACGAUGGUGUGCUGCGUAUUGUUAAUGUAUCCAGGGAGAUGACCGGAUCGUACCGCUGCCAGACCAGCCAGUAUAACGGGUUUAACGUGAAGCCGCGGGAGGCCAUAGUGGAGCUGAUUGUUCAAUACCCUCCGACGGUGGAGCCGGUUUUCAUGGAGAUGCGUCAGGGCUUAGGGAGGCCGGUGGUGAUGACCUGUAGGGUGCUGAGAGCUCACCCUUCCCGUGUGCUGAGGUUUGAGUGGCUCCUAUCCAACAGGCUGCUGCAUGCCGGGGCAUUUGAUGCCCAAAAAGAUGAGACAGAGUACACCAUCCGCAGCCUGAAUAGAGACGGCUGGGGGGAGUACACCUGUAAUGUCAUCAACGAGGCUGGGGCCGGAAAGUGCACCUUCCAGGUUACAGGUAAAGACUUCUUUAAGAUUUGUGCAGUCCAUAGUGAAGCGUUGUGGUCUGCCCAGCAGUGGGAAGAGGAGGGAGCCUCUCAGAGUCUAUCAGAUCCCUCAGAGGAGGAGGAUCAGCAAAGACCCCAAACGGGUCACCAUGGAGGACCUCCGCAUGCAGGCAGUCAAAGAGAUCUGCUACGAGGAGAUCGAAGCGCUGUCCAUCGUGAAGAUGAAGGAACUUUGCCGCAUGUACUCGAAGAAAGACUCGAACGAGAAGGAGAGCUGGAGGGCCGUGUCCCAGGACGUCUGCGACACGGUGGGCAUCGGAGAGGAGAGGAGCCCCCCCGCUGA